UAUUUGUGUGUAGUAGGAUGAUUAAGUUGAUAACCGGUAGGCAAUGUCUCGACAAGUUUUCAGUUUUGAAAAUGUUUCGUGAUUUUAACCGAGUGCAAUUAAUUGGUCAAUAAUUAUUUAUUUAUUUAUUAUGGAAACUGAUAGUCAGGGGGUUAUUUAUAUUGAAAAUUGGAACGAUUUGUGCCGUUUAUGUUUACGUAAUGAUCAACCAUUGCAUAACUUAUACUGUGAUGAAUCUUUUUUAGUAAAUGUUCAAGAGGCCUCUAAUAUUAAUAUUUGCAUUGAUGAUACAUUACCAAAUUCUAUAUGCAAAGCUUGUGUUGAACAAGUCAAUUCUUUUAUUGAAUUUCGUGAACGAUGUAAAGCCACUGAUGAAUGGUUACGUAACGAAGCUGCGUCUAAUGAAAAUGAACAGAAGGACAAUAUUGAAAUUGUAGAAAUAAAGGACAUUUGGAACGACGGUACAUACUCUGAUAAUAUUGAAAGUUUGAGUUCUCAUUCAGAUAUAGAAAAUAUUGAUGACAAGUAUCUGUCAUGUAAUGAUUGUGGCAAAGACUUUCAAACAUCCAAACAAUUAACACUUCACAAAAAAAAAUAUCCUGUCAAACAUAGCAAAUGUCAAUCAUGCAAUGAAGUAAUUUUAUCUAAAGAUGUGGAUCAAAAUUCUUUAUUGAAAAAAUCUACUAAACUCUGUGUAAGAUGUGAUAAGUUGAAAUUUUCCUACAGUCAACGAAUUCAAAAUUGUACUAAUGGAUCUUAUAUUGCUAUUGAUGGAGGUUUCUUAUGUGAACAUUGCAAUAAAGUUUUCAAAACACUUUCUAGUAUUCAAUUACAUGUUAAAAGCUAUGACAAAAAACAAGAUUCAAGUUCUUCAAGUUAUAAAUGCCAUUUCUGUGAUAAUUUAUUUGUUACUAUUCAACAGGUUUGGCUACAUAUGAAAUCUCAUACACCAGGAGAAAAAAUUAAAUGCCGAUAUUGUGAUAAAUAUUUUAAAUCGUAUCUAACACUUGUACGUCAUGAAAAAAAACAUGAAGGUAGUUUUAAUUAUGUGUGUUCAUACUGUGGUAAAGCAUUUGUGACACCUUAUGGUCGUGAUAGACAUGAAAUGACUCACAAUGCAGCUAAAGAAGUUCAAUGCGAAAAAUGUAUAAUGACAUUUUAUACUAGAGCUGAAUAUAAUAGACAUAUGAGAUAUCAUGAUAAUAUUAGAAAUUUCUUAUGUUCAUUUUGUGGCAAACGAUUCUUUGAAAGUGCUCAUAAAACUAUCCAUGAACGUACACACACAGGUGAACGUCCAUUUGCCUGUAGUUUUUGUGGAAAAAAAUUCAUGUCUAAACAGAAAGCCCGAAGGCAUCAAGCAAUUCAUUUAAAACAUAAACAGAAAUGAAAUUCUUUAGUAUCUAUUAUUGUAGUUUAUUAUAAAUAUAAUUAUAAUAAUAUUGCUAUUAUAAGUGUCAAGAUUUUAAUUCAUUUCCUAAGAGAAUUAUAAUUAAAAAUUUGUUUAUUUAUUUAA